CUCUGCGAAUAUCUAGGUUGCCUCUUACACCGAAACUCACACGAUUUGCUAUUAGACAUCAUCGCCUUGACAACAAUCAAUCUAGCGCCGCAAGUUCAUGCUAGCACGCUCUGCAAAUAUCUAGGUUGCCUCUUACACCGAAACCCACUCUCGCAUCGAAGAUGCCAAAGAAAAAUCCCAGGAAAGUGCUUUGCGAUUGCGGCAAACGCUUCGGGGACUCUCAAUCUCGAUCCCAGCACAUUCGUGACUCUCCACUCCACAAGCAGCCCGUAGUAGCCAUGGCAUAUACUGCCGCAGCUCUUGGUCCGGUGGGCGAGGUGGAAGAGAAUCAGGAACUCACCACAUCGUCUGCCAAGGGAAUUGAGUCCGUAGGUGGACUCUAUACUGUCAAGGCAAUGGCUGGAAAGGGAAAGGGGCUCGUUGCUAUAACCAAGAUCCCUAAGGGCACUCGCAUACUAUCAGAGGCCCCUAUUUUCAGAGUUCCGCGGGAUAAUUCUAAUAUCAACUCUUUAGAACGAAUCGUUGCAAACGAGGUUGAGCGCCUCAAUGUGGACCAACAGCGUUCUUUCUUCGACCUAACGAAUAUCUAUGGAAAUGCUCACAGUCGAUCUCUCGGUAUUGCUAGGACGAACGUCCUUCCUCUCGGCUCCAAUACCAGCUCCGGCGGUUUGUUCCUUGAAGCCUCUCUCAUUAAUCACUCUUGCCGGCAUAACUCGCAGAAUACAUGGAAUGAGAACAUUAGCCGGCUUACCGUCCAUGCACUCCAAGAUAUUAAAGAGGGGGAAGAGAUUACAAUUACGUAUCUACCGACCACGCCAGUAUAUACAGAGCGGCAGCGUUUUCUACAGGAAAAGUUCAAGUUCGACUGUAAAUGCGAGCUCUGCUUACUACCGCGAACCGAGCGAGAGCGUAGUGACACCCGGCUGAGGGAAAUUCAAGCCAUUGAUAAGGCUGUCGGUAGCUAUUUCUGGGGCGGCUUAGAGCCAGAGAUGGCGCUCAAUCUUUUACACACAAUGUUCCUUUUAUUUGGCGAAGAGGGGAUCUGGGAUGGGCUUAUCCCUCGAGCAUAUAACGAUGCAUAUGAAAUUGCUACUGAGAACGGGGAUAAACUGAGGGCUCGGGUUUUCGCCCAAAGGACAUACGACGCACGACGUCUGAUUGAGGGAGAUGAUAGCCCGACUACGAUAAAGAUGAAACGGGCAGCUGAAGAACUCUCUGUAGAGACACCUCAAAGGCUAAGCGGGACUGAGUUUGAGAAUUGGCUUUGGAUGCUGAAGGGAGCUUUAACGAGCUAGAUCAUUAUUAAUUAUUCAAUAAAAUCCUGAAGCUAAAACGUUUCAAAAUUAAUAAAUAAUAUUUCUAAUA